GUUCUAAUCGAUGUGCAGAAGCGAAAGGAGUAUGACGGGACUUUGUCUCGGACCACGCGGCCAACCAAUUGUGACGCAGCACUAUCAGGCCAUUACAUUCCAGCAGCCAUACCAGAAGUACUCUCUUGAAGAGCUAAGGGUAGCCGACUACGACCAAGGUCGACGAUUCGGUAACCAAAAUGGCCAGGCAGGUGCAUUCGGGCAGAGUAGUAUGCCACCUCCACGCCCAAAGGUUCACACCUUCACUAGCGGAAGCCCACAAGGUAUGUUCGGCGCGCCCUCAGAUGCAUGGUUUUACGCUCCAGUACACGAAGGGGAGGAGCGCAUGCACGUCAAGUAUAGCAACUGGCGUGGCUGGGACUUCUCCAUUGGCGUGUCGAACGGAUUCGCAUGGGUUGCACGGCCAGUGUUGCCAUUGUUGCAUGAGGAUACCGGAAACGAGAUUACCGUACGGUUAGGGAUGGUGCGCAAGGCGGCCUCGAAAGGGGGAUUGGCAGAUAAUUUCUUGAAGGAGGUAUUGGUUACGGUGAGGAAAACACCGGAAAUGCGCCAAACAGCAUUAUCCUCCAUCUUCCUCGAGACGCGAGAGGGUAACAUGGAACUGCGUAUCACGCUAGCAACGGCGUCAGAUGAAGUGCAGUCGGCAAUCCGGCAUACAUCAUCACCUACGUGGACAUGGGCAUUCGAUGUUGACCUUGGGUUUCUCGUGCCCUUUUACAAGACGCUCCGGGCAACGCAUCUCAUGUUCUACCCGACGUUCCCUGCGCACGCGGUCCUCGACGGUGGAGGUGUACCAGAGGGGGCGCCUUACCCAGCUGGUUCACCUGCAGCUGUACUAGCAGAAAGUUUUCCUGACAUCAAGUUUGCCAAGCUGUCCAAGCAAUUCUACUGCGAGGAGAUGGAUUGGGCGAAGAAGAAGCUUUGGCGGGUGGUGGCGGUGGGAUCAAUGUGAGAGGAAGAAUCAAAAUGUUGGAUCGAGUGUAGAAGAAUCGAACUGAGAUGCCUCCAGUGUGGCCAGGUAGAUGAAUG